AUGUGCAAAUCCUUCUUGAUGAAGGCAAGAAAGGCGUCUAUAUUAUCAUACGGGUCGGAUUUCUUCUCGGCCCUAAACUUCAUAAUUCCGUUGAGAAGGGCGAUCUCGUCGGACUCGCUCCAUAUCCUUUGGAACAACGGUUUCUUCUCUGAUGCCUCUGGUUCAGCCUCCUUGCUGUUCUUCGACUUCUUGGUAACAGUGGGCUCCGUCCCCUUAACCUCCUCGACGGCCCUCUUUCUGGUAGAUCUGACCCGUGAAGCGGAGGCGGCGACGGCCUUGUCCUUGUCGUCGGGUGGGUCGGGCUUUGCUCCAGACGGGGUAUGGGGUUUCCUGGCGGCCGCCGGCGGUGGGGAAGACUUGCGGAUCGGUUCGGGCUCAGAUUCGAUUUCCUCAGACGAGGAAUCGUCGGUUUCCUCCUCGCCAGAAGAGGUUUCAGAGGAGACGGGCUUCUCGGGCUCACGGGAUUUCGACAUUUUUCUAGUGAGAAAAUUAUAA